AUGCAGCAACAACAACCUCCCAUCUCUCGGCCAUCAUCCAGUUCAAUUUCUUCUGCUAACCAGCCCAAUGGAAUCGGAAAGGAAACCUUGAAAAUCAUCAUGAAGAAACUAAAUCAACAACUUCAUCACGAGUUUUUUGACAGUGCUGCAGAGAUUGGGUCUCUGAUGAUCAGUAACUGCUUCAAUACAAUUGUCGGAGGAAGUAAUUCUAGGAAUGAAUCGAUGAUUGAAGGUGUAUCACCAUACAACACUUCUUGGAAUAUUAACACUUGUGAAUUUUGUGUGGAUAAUUUGGCUCAGACAGUGCUCGUUGCUUUCAAAGAAAAAUGUCAACUGAGUUCUGUUCCCAACGAAGAAGCAGAAUGGUUGCAAAUAUUUGUGGAUCUCUUAGUUGUGUACUCUAGAGCGUUGAUAGGAAAUUCAGAGUUUAUGCGAGCGAAGCAAUAUUUAAGUCAAGCAGUAACAAUUUCGUCAUAUAUUUUGGAUUAUUUAUCGUCCAAGACACCAGAUGACAAGAAAAAACAUUAUUAUAUUUGUGACAUUCUUGCGGACGCCUGUUUAAAGAAUAACCUUGAAGAUGAGGCAGAGAUUCAUUUAAAAUCAAUACCAAAAGAAUUUAGGAGCGUAAAAAACUUUAUGAAAUUAGGAGAUAUCUACAUGAAGAGGGAUAAAAGUAAGGAGGCCGUUGCAUGCUAUCAAGAGGUGUUAAAAAUGGAUAAAUAUGCAAUAUCAGCUGUGGAAAAGCUCAUUAAACUUGGCCUUCCUGAAGACAAGAAGAAAAAUCUAACCGAUUAUUACAAGAAAGAAGAAUGGCUAGCAAAGCUCGUGGAUGCCAAAUACUAUGCACACAAUAACCAACAUGAAAAAUUAAUACCGUCGCUAAAGUAUUUGGAAAAAUCAUUUCCUAACAAUGUUGGACUGAAAUUGAGUUUAGCAGAUUGCUAUGAUCAGUUAUCAAAAUACAAUGAAGCAUUGGAUCUAUUCAAACAGUGCUACAAAAUGGAUGGAUACACGGAUUUAAAAACAAGCAUUUAUGCUACUCUUUUGCAGACGACGGGACAUCCUUUAGAACUUCAAACACUUUCACAAAGAUUAUUAACAACUAGUAAGGGAUCUGCAGAGACAUGGUUAGUCAUGGGAAUUUACUAUACAUCGAGAAGUACUCUACUCGCAGUGGCAGGCGUGGAUGAAAACGUAGAGAGUAACAAAAUUGCAUUCCAACACAACAUGGAAAUGGCCAUACGAAGUGUAGAUAAGGCCUUAGAACUGAACAGCUCCUUUGUACUGGCUUAUUUAUGGAAGGGUCAUUUACUGUUAAUGAAUCAACAGUUUGCAAAAGCCAUUAUGGUUUACAAGCAAGCAAAAACCAUUUCAAAAGAUAUUCGAAUAUACCAAGGACUAGUGAAAGCAUAUUUAGCAUUGCCUCAACAUUUCCAAGAUGCUCUUAACGCUGCAAGACUCGCUCAAAAGCACUACAACUCAAAGAAUGAUUACAAACCACACAUUCUGUUAGGGAGUGUCUAUACUAUGAAAGAGGAACUUCAUGAUCAUGCACACAAAGAGUUUGACCUGGCACUCAAAAUAUGCCAAGAGACAGAUAAUGAAUUUGGAAUGGAAGAAGCACUUCUAGGAAAAGUGGAACUAGAUAUUAAGAGACAACAAUUUGAUGCUGCCAUCCAAACAUUACAAUCUCCAAACCUUAAACAAAAUACGGACAGCAUUCAAACCAAACUUGGACAAAUCUAUCUGUGCCAACAACGUUUUGAAGAUGCUUUUCAAUGCUUUCACAAAGCACUCUCUUUGAAUCGAUUUAAUGAAAUAGCUCGACAGGAAUUACUGAAGCUUGAAGAAGCACCAGCUGAAGAAGAACCUGAAGAAGAGUAUGACAUGUAA